CUCCAAGGACUCCAGCUCCCAGAAGCCUCGGCUACCGUGCGGCAAUGACAAGGCCUUCUGGGAGAUGAAGUCCGAGAGCGUUUGAGGCGGCAAGAAUGGCGUCGUGGCGAGAAGAGGCGGUGUACGCGUGCGCAGAAGGACAGGCAGGUCAGGCCACGGCGGCGGCGCCUUCUCCCCCUUCUCCCCCUCUUCCUCCUCCUCCUUUUUCUCUUCAGCCGGAGACGAAAAGCUGAAGGAAAGAAAGUGGCUGAGGCGACAGUGUUUGGGACCUGGGAAUGCCGUGCCCUCUGGAGCAGUUUCUAAAGAAAGAGGAAAUACUCUCUGAGUAACAUUUUGCGAUGGAUUAAAGCCAGAGUCUUUUGGAAUGAUGCUACCCACAGGCUACACAAGAGACUUGGAGUUGUUUUUUGCAUCCCGCAGGCAAGAACUUUAGCUGUGCCAGCCAGCGUCUCUCCUCAAAUGCAGGUCAAGGGAAGGAGCUCACCUCAGCCCUGCAAAGAGACGUCUGAUGCCCUCAAUUGUUCAGAGGGGCCUCAUUUCCCUACCUUUCCAGGAGCUUCUCCUUUAUCUAGCUUAGUUGACUGUCCUUUGUGUAGCCGUCCCAUACAGGACCAGUCCUCGCAGUUCCCCUCUCUGCUGUGGCAUCUUUCCAGGCUUGAUUAUGGGGAUUCUUGCCAACCCCAAGGCCAUUGGAGGCCGGCUGUGAACUUCGCAAUGGCGUGCCUGAUAGGCCAUGGACCUACUGCAUGCACGAAGGUGCCGCUGAAUGAUAGGAGAACUGGCUGAUUGUUCCCGGCGGCCUCUUUCUACCUGUCUCAGGAUUUUGUAGGGCCUCCCCUGCCCUCUCCCUCUCACCAUGUUUCUACUGCUGCCAUUUGACAGCCUGGUGGUGAACCUGCUGGGCAUUUCCCUGACUGUCCUCUUCACCCUGCUCUUGGUCUUCAUCAUUGUGCCAGCCAUAUUUGGAGUUUCCUUUGGCAUCCGCCGGCUUUACAUGAAAACGCUGCUGCAGAUCUUCCAGUGGGCAACGCUGAGGAUCGAGCGUGGUGCCAAAGAGAAGAACCACCCGCUUUAUAAACCCUAUGUCAAUGGCAUCAUUGCAAAGGAGCCCACUUCGCUGGAGGAGGAAAUCAAGGAGAUCAGACGCAGCGGGAGCAACAAGGCCUUGGACACCCCGGAGUUUGAGCUCUCCGAUAUCUUCUAUUUCUGCCGCAAGGGCAUUGAGACCAUUAUGGAUGACGAGGUGACCAAGCGCUUCUCGGCCGAAGAGCUGGAAUCAUGGAACCUGUUGAGCAGAACCAACUAUAAUUUCCAUUAUAUCAGCUUGCGCCUCACAGUCCUGUGGGGGCUGGGUGUCGUGAUCCGCUACUGCAUCUUGCUGCCACUCAGGGUAGCCCUGGCUUUCACUGGCAUUAGCCUCUUGGUGACAGGCACAACCAUGGUGGGCUACUUGCCCAAUGGAAGGUGCAAGGAGUUCCUAAGCAAGCAUGUGCAUCUGAUGUGUUACCGGAUUUGUGUACGAGCCCUUACAGCCAUCAUCACUUACCACCACCGAGGGAACAGACCUCGCAAUGGAGGAAUCUGCGUGGCUAACCACACUUCCCCGAUUGAUGUCAUAAUCCUGGCCAGCGAUGGCUACUACGCGAUGGUGGGCCAGGUUCACGGAGGGCUGAUGGGGGUGAUCCAGAGGGCCAUGGUGAAGGCUUGUCCCCACGUCUGGUUUGAACGCUCUGAAGUUAAGGACCGCCAUCUAGUGGCCCGAAGGCUGUCAGAGCAUGCUCAUGAUAAAAAUAAGCUACCCAUCCUGAUUUUCCCUGAAGGCACUUGCAUCAACAACACAUCUGUGAUGAUGUUCAAGAAAGGGAGCUUUGAAAUCGGUGCCACAGUUUAUCCUGUUGCUAUCAAGUACGACCCCCAGUUUGGAGACGCCUUUUUUAACAGCAGCAAAUACGGCAUGGUGACCUACCUGCUGAGGAUGAUGACUAGCUGGGCCAUUGUCUGCAGUGUCUGGUAUCUCCCACCAAUGACCAGAGAGCUCGAUGAAGAUGCUGUGCAGUUUGCCAAUCGCGUGAAGUCUGCCAUUGCGAGGCAGGGGGGCCUUGUGGAUCUUUUGUGGGAUGGAGGCUUAAAGAGGGAAAAGGUGAAGGACACAUUCAAGGAGGAGCAGCAGAAGCUCUACAGCAAGAUGAUUGUGGGCAACCACGAGGAUCGGAGCCGUUCCUGAGUUUUCCCAUGUCCGAGGGCUCCCGCAGCGCAGACGUCUUUCCGGGGCCACGUGACGUGGCAGUUUUCCUCUUAAGGCUUUGGACAUGUUUCGUUCCGUAGCCUCUCAAUGGUGCUGGCUAGCGGCUACUGAGAAAAAGGCCUUGUCCUCAAUCCCUGUGGUUUUCCCCACUGGCCAGACAGCAGCAGCAGCUAAGAACUUCACAUCCUAGUGGAGGUGGCAGCAUGGGCUAUGCCUUGUGCCUCUGCCUCAGCUCUGUGGGAGCCCGUGUCUCUCUCUGCGUGCGUCCAUGCAUGCGUGCCUGUGUCAGAUGCGACAGCCCAGCUGGAUGCAUCGAGUCCCUACUGCCAGUGACGGAGGUGCCUCCUGCAACAUCCUUCCUUUCUUGGGGAAAGGCACAACCCCCUUUCUCGUGUCCUUUCUUCACUCUUCUGUCCCCCUUCUCUGAACUGACUUCAGUUGCAUGGGUUCACUUUGCAUUUUAUAAUUAAAAGGUAUAGACGAA